CCCCUCCUCCUCCUCCUCCUCCUCCGCGAUGAUGUAAUCGGCGCUUCCCCGCGCUGCCGGGGCCUCGCGGCGCCAGCGGGAGCGGCGGCCGGCGCGGGGCGCAGCGCGGCGCAGCGGGGCGGAGCGGAGCGGAGCGGAGCGGGGCGCGGCGCCCGCCCGGCCCUGCCCCGCGCCCGCCGCCGCCGCCGCCGCCGGGAUGGGCGCGCCGCCGCCCGCAGGACGCGCCGCCGCCGCGCGCGGACCCCGCGCUUUCUGCAAGUCAUCCGCGGCUGCAGCCCUGCGCCCCUCCGCUCGCAGCCCGGCUGGGUCCAUUCGGGGUUUCGUGCCUUUUUUCCCCCUUGCCUCCCCCAUCUCGCCGUGCGCCUUGCCUUCCUCCAUCACCCGCUGUGGUUAACUUUGCCGUGACUCGGUUUAACUCCUGGGAGCUACAUGGAUGCUGCUGGAGCGCUUUCCCUGCUCCGCUGUCCCUUGCUGGGGCCGGAUUUGGUGUUAACCGGACUGUGUGUGCCCCGCGUGUGUCCUCAGUGUUUCGAAACGCUGCUUUCCUUUACAAGAGCUGUGCGUUACUUGUAACCCAGAUCUGUGAAUGAUCGUAGGCUUGGCUUGACCUUGAUUUUGAUGGCUUCGUUGGAAGAUCUAAUGAUGUGAUUGCAUUUCACGAAGUGAUUGCUCUCCAGCCUCUGUGGCUUAGAUAUAAGCCACUUCUGCCACACAGUCACUCAUGGACAAUUCAGAUGUUUCUUUAAACAAAGCUUUUGGCUUUUUUUCUUUCCUCGCUUCUCCUUUAUGUCAGGAGCCUUGAUCUACGCUUCGAUGUGAUCGAUAAUCCUCCUGCUCCCUGCUGCUGAUUUCUGUUUUAAAGUACAAUGGCUCUGAGUGGCAACUGCAGGACUUACCUCCCUCCGAGGGAGCAGGGGACCGGUCUGCACUCCUUCCCGGAGGUCGUGGAGCUGAACGUGGGUGGCCAGGUUUACUUCACUCGCCAUUCCACCUUGGUGGGCACCCCUCACUCCCUGCUCUGGAAAAUGUUCACCCCAAAGAGAGACACGGCCAACGAUCUAGCCAAGGACUCCAAGGGAAGAUUCUUCAUCGACAGAGAUGGUUUCCUUUUCCGCUAUAUUCUGGACUAUCUCAGGGACAAGCAAGUGGUUCUGCCUGACCACUUCCCAGAGAAGGGCAGGCUCAAGAGGGAGGCUGAGUAUUUCCAGCUCCCGGACUUGGUCAAACUCCUGACUCCUGAUGACAUCAAGCAAAGCCCCGAUGAUUAUUGCCACAGUGACUAUGAAGAGGUCUCCCAGGGCAGUGACACGAGAAUCUGCCCUCCCUCCUCGCUCCUGCCAUCCGAUCGCAAGUGGGGAUUCAUUACCAUUGGGUACCGGGGGUCGUGCACUAUCGGCAGGGAGAGUCAAGCAGAUGCCAAGUUCAGGAGGGUCCCACGGAUUUUGGUUUGUGGAAGGAUUGCUCUGGUCAAAGAGGUCUUUGGAGAAAGUUUGAAUGAGAGCAGAGACCCAGACAGGGCUCCGGAAAGGUACACCUCCAGGUUUUAUCUCAAGUUCAAGCACCUGGAGAGGGCUUUCGACAUGCUCUCCGAAUGUGGAUUCCACAUGGUGGCCUGUAACUCCUCCGUGACGGCUUCCUUUGUCAACCAGUACACAGACGACAAGGUCUGGUCCAGCUACACCGAAUACGUCUUCUACCGCGAGCCCUCCCGCUGGGCGUCCUCCCACUGCGACUGCUGCUGCAAGACCGGCAAGGCGGACAAGGAGGGGGAGAGCGGCACGUCGUGCAACGAGCUGUCGACGUCCAGCUGCGACAGCCAGUCGGAGGCCAGCUCCCCGCAGGAGACCGUCAUCUGCGGCCCCGUCACCCGCCAGCCCAACAUACAGACUCUGGACCGGCCAGCCAAGAAGGGCCCCGUGCAGCUGCUGCAGCAGUCCGAGAGCCGCCGGAAGAGCGACCUGCUCCGGACUCUCACCUCGGGCUCCCGGGAGUCCAACGCCAGCAAGAAGAAGGCAGUGAAAGAGAAGCUUUCGAUUGAGGAAGAGCUGGAGAAAUGCAUCCAGGAUUUCCUCAAAAUCAAAAUCCCAGACAGGUUUCCGGAAAGAAAACAUCCCUGGCAGUCUGAACUGCUGCGGAAGUAUCAUCUAUAGGGUCAGGGUGGGGAAACGCCUGACCCUGGUACCACUUAGAGCGAGAUCCUAAGCGAUACGAAAGUAAUUCCACUAAUAACAACUUGUUAGGUCACGAGAAAACAAUCCAUCUUGAUAGUACUGCCUAAUUUGCCUAUUUCACGUUAACGUUUAUAGUCGUAGGGUGACAAUACUUUUCCGGUUGUGGAAGCACAAUGACAAAUGCGUUUAUGUGUAAACUCCAAGUCCUUGCACAAGCUGAACACCCGAAGGGCACAAGAGCAUCGACGGCAGGAGCUGCCCGAGUGCCGACGCUGCUGACGGCAGCGGGAAGCGCCGUGCGGGGUCAGGUGUCGGGUGCCGGGAGGUUUGGGGACCCGCCUGCCUCCCGGGGUCUCCUUUAACCCACUUCUUGGAGGGAUGUACACAGCUCAGAGAAACAAGCUAUGCCAUGACCGUUUACACUACGCAUGUAUAUAUAUAUGUGUAUAUAUAUCUCUGUGUAUAUAUAUGUGUAUAUAUAUAUAGCAAUAUGUAUUGCUUAAAGAUUUUCUGGCUCUCUCCUCCUAACUGCACUUUCUCAGAAAAGAGCAAUUCUGGCAGUCGGGCUGUUGCGCUGCUGCCUCGCGGCUCGGGGGCUUGAACAGCGGAAAACCUGCAUCUCCCCGAGCCGCGGCAGAGGCAUCGCAGCGAGACCAGGGAGCGGCGCGGGGGGCCCUGGGGCCGUCAGCAGAAUAUUCCAUUGGUUUUGAUGAUCUUCCCUGUUUCUUCCCCAAGCCUGUCUUGUCUUUCUCAAGGCUUUCUGGUGACGACGGGUUAAACACGUAGCGAUUCCAGUUGGAAGGAUGCAGGAAGUUUUCCUGGCGCGAGUGCCAUGGCUGUUAGGUGGCUGAGCCGGCGGGGCCGGUUGGUUUCUGCAGGUUUGCCAGGCGCGUCGGCCAAAAGCCUUUGGCCCGAGCUGCCAGGGAGAGCGGGUGCAUGGUCCCAUCUGACGCGGAAGCAAACACAAGACAUUAUCAGCCUAACAAGGUGCAUUUAGUGCUUUGAGGGGCGGGAACUGAUGGUGAGACGACGGUAGCUGUGCCGUUCCAGCUGCGCACGCUUCAGGGGAAAACUAAAAAUUGAAAAGCAAUGAGCCAAAUUCGGUGGUAGCGACACCGAUCGCCGCGUUGGGCCGUGCUCCAGCCGGUAGCGCAGCGCUGGUCAGCAACCCGCACCGAGCUGCCC